AUGGCGGAACUUUCCUACAGUGCCCAGUUCGACAUACUCCUCCCCCAGCCAGACCUCAUCCCCUGGGACCGCAAGAAAGCCGUGCCCAAGCCCUCCUUGCUCGCACAGGAAGUAGAAGCUGAGGCCUACCGUCUCACAGCAUCCACGACAUUUGCCACCCAAAAGCGCAACUGGUUCAGCAACCGCAUCUGGGGCGUCAAAGAUAUGGGCACCGCACUCCUCUUCAUUGGGAUGCACUUAGCCUGUCUGGCAGCCCCUUUUACAUUCUCGUGGCAGUGUGUCAUUUUCUGGUAUGUCACCUAUUGCAUCACCGGGUGCUUUGGGAUCGCCAUGAGCUUCCACCGCCAGUUGAGCCAUCACUCCUUUACAACGUCCAAGUGGUUGGAGUACUUCUUUGCGUACUGCGGCGUGAUGACGUUUGAGGGCAAACCGACAUUCUGGGUCUCAAGCCAUCGUUUUCACCACCUCCAAACAGACACCCCGCUUGACCCCCAUUCACCUGCAGAGGGCUUUUGGUGGUCGCACAUGGGCUGGGUCAUGGACAAGUUGAGCAAGGAUCACCGGGCUGGAUGUGUGGUGGAGAACAACGUGGACGACAUGCGUUCGCAGCGCUUCUAUCAGCACAUGGAAGAUUGGUACUGGGCGCACGUCUGGGGCUCCUUCCUGCUGCUUUACGUGAUCGGUGGCUGGCCGGCACUCAUAUGGGGCGGUCCGCUGCGGGUUGUGUCCGUGUGGCACGGCACCUUUUCUGUCAAUAGCGCGUCGCACAUCUGGGGUAGCCAGCCAUACAAGACAGGAGAUUUGUCCCGCAACCUGUGGUGGGUGGCGGUUGUCUCCUUCGGCGAAUGGCACAACAAUCACCAUGCCUUUGGCUUCUCUGCACGCCAUGGUUUGGAGUGGUGGGAGUUCGACGUGUCUUGGUAUAUCAUCAGAUUGCUUCAGAAGGUGGGGCUUGCUUGGGAUGUCCAUACACCAACACCCAAGCAAGUAGAAUACCAAAGUGUAAAAGCAAAGAGUCGGUGA